GAGGGGUCAAAUGGCCCGGGGCCCAGCAGGAGGGGCUUCCUGCUGGCCUGAACCUGGCUGACCUCUGAAGCUUCCUCUGGACUCCUCCGGGCCUCCCCAACCUCAGUGGAGCCUUCCAACUUCUCCAGUCUCCAUCAUGUACCAGGUGCUGAAGGAACAAAACAGCAUCCUCUCUAAAAUGGCGACCCACCUAGACAACAUCUCCAGCCUGGCGGAAAACUUCUUCUUGAAGAUCGAGCUCUUCAGCAGGGUCCCAGGCACUCUGGAGAGGAAUAGGACUGCCCAGAACUCAGCAAAGAAAGAAGACAAGCAGGUUCCAGAGACUGCAGUCCUCCAGGACCCCAAGUUCAAAGCCACCCCAGGGCCUCAGCUGUCCACCAGACGUCGGUUCCUUUCAGAGGCUGAUGAGCCCCAGACUCCACAACCUGUUUGGGACAAGGAGCCCCACCUAUGGCAAGGCUCCGUGACCCAGGAACUCUGGAAACUUUUCAUGGACAGCCGCCAAAAGAACCAACAGGGACAUGGGGGCGAGGAUUUCUCACAGGAAAGCAAAGACUCAAACCUAUGUGACAUUAAGCCAGAACCUAAGGCCAGGCACAGAAGCAGCUUGAGUGACUCUGCUGACCCCACCCUCAUCAAGUCUCCCUCAGACCUGCUAGUCGAUUACCAAGAAGACAUCAGUCAGCCCCAAUUUGAGACCCAAGAAUCUUCUGGAAGAGCUGAUAAAUUUCUGAAGCCCUUGUCCUGGGACUCUGAAGUCUCCGAGAGCAGCUGGAAGAGGCCUGGUACAUCACUUUGGCAAUCAGAGGGCUUCAUUGUCCCCCGUGAGCUGCAGAAGGUGCGAGUACUAAAACACCAGGAGCUGCUAUUGGCAGUAGCUGUGAGCUCCAUCACGCGGCACAUCUUCACCUGCAGCCAGAGUGGCAUCAAGGUGUGGAACCUCAUGAGCCAGGUGGUCGAGGACAGACACCCUGAAAGCCACUUGCAAUGCAGCAUCCAGGCCAGUGGGGCAUCCCUGCGCACCUGCCUGCUGUCCUCCAACAGCAGGACCCUGUUCGCGGGUGGAUACAACUUACCCGGCGUGGUGGUGUGGGACCUGGCAGUCCCGUCCCUGUAUGAGAAGUGCCAGCUGCCCUGCAAGGGCCAGUCCUGCCAGGUGCUGGCCAGCACAGAGGAGAACAUGAUCUUAGCCGGCUUCGCAGACGGCACGGUCAGGAUGUGGGACCUACGGACUCAGGGGAUAGUCAGGGACCUCAAAGGCCCUACCAGUGCAGCCAAGAGCCUUGUGGUCAAAGAUGACAAUGUCUGGACAGGGGGUCUGGAUGCCUGUCUGCGAUGCUGGGACCUGCGGGCGGCCAAGGUGUUGCUGGAGCACCCAUUCCAGUCCCAGAUUAUGAGCCUGUCUCACAGUCCAACUGAAGACUGGCUGCUGCUGGGCCUGGCUGAUGGCCAGCAUUACCUGUUCAGCAGCAAGAGGAGACGGGCGCUCACUGUGGGCACCAAGGGCAGGACCAUCUUAGGCCUCAAGUUCUCCCCAAACGGCCAGUGGUGGGCGAGCGUAGGUAUGGACAACCUCGUCACUCUCCACAGCAUGCCCACAGGAGCAAAACUGUUUCAGGUCCCUGAGGCUGCCACCGUCAGAUGCUUGGACAUGACUGAGAACGGCAGGCUCAUUGUCACAGGAUCUGGGAGCUGUGCCUCGGUGUACCACAUCAAGUCCUGACUGCUUCAGCACCUCUCUCCUAACUGCACAGUGGUGAAUGGGAAUGGGUGUGAGCAGUCUGCAGUGCUUCUGGAGAGUUCCAGGGGUGUGCAGACCUCAAGUCACAUGUAAUAAAGCAACUGAGAAGGCAGAGAUUGUCCUUUACCCAGGUUUUGGAAAGGACUUUGUAGCUCUGAGCCCUCCAACUUCUUAGUGCUUACCUUUGGUCCCAGCACUCAGGAGACAGAGGCAGGAGGAUUUCUGAGUUCUAGGCCAGCCUGGUUUACACUGAGAAACCAGCCCCCACCCUGUUUUUGUUUUAAAGAGAGCUAGGAAGAUAGUUCAGUUGGUAAAGCGCUUGCCAGGCAGGCAUAAGGAGUGAGUUUGAAUCCCCAAUCCAGCUCUGUAGGUAGAGACAGAAGGAUCCCUGGGGCUUGUUGACCCAUCUGCCAGGACGCAGCACUAAGGUCCACACUCUGAAAAUUGGGGUAAAGAGAAAUGAAAGCUGGGCCCCUCACCUGUACGUUUGACACACACACAGAAAGCAAGCAAAUUGAUA